AUUCCCCAUCCCUCGCCGCCCUCCCGCGCCGCCGCCGCCGCCGAGGAUGGGGAGGGUGACGCAGGCCAUGCGCGCCGCCAAGGUGCCCCGCCACGCCCUCGUCCCGAAGCCUCCUCCCCCGCCACCACGUGGGCCUCGGCCCGCCGACGGUAAACCUCCCCGCGGCAAGCCGCCCCUGAGAAGCCCCAGGCCCGCGGCGGCCCUGGCCUUGACCGACCGGCCGGCACCUCCGGCCGAGAAGAGGCCCAUCACCACGCCCGCGGAGCUCUCGGCGGCCAUCCGCGCCGCGGUGGACGCCGACGUGGACGCGGCCGCCUCGCUGGCCCUCAAGGCGGCGCCCACCAUCCCGCUCCCGGCGCAGUCGCUCGCGCUCCUCCUCCGCCGCCUCGCCGCGCACCGCUCCGUCGCCGCGGCCCGGGACCUCCUCGCGGCGCUCCCCUACUCCGCCGACAACCCCGCGCCGCGCCCGGCGCUGCUGGCCCUCGCCGACGCGUGCUGCCGCCGCGGCGACCCGCGCGAGAUCGGCCAGCUCCUCCCGGUCCUCGCCGACCACGGCGUCCGCGCCGACGCCCACGUCUACAACGCGCUGAUGAAGGCGCACUGCUCCGACUCCGACACCGCGGGGCUCCUUGGCGUGCUCCGCCGGAUGAAGGACGACGGCGUGGACCCUGACCUCGUCACCUACAACACCCUCGUCUACGGCCUCGCGCGCGCCGGGCUCGUCGCCAAGGCCAGGACCUACCUCGGCGCCAUGGCCGCCGAGGGCCUCUUCCCGGACGUCAUCACCUACACCUCGCUCAUGAACGGGAUGUGCGUCAAGGGGGACGCCCUGGGCGCGCUCAAGCUGCUCGACGAAAUGGAGGCCAACGGGUGCGAGCCCAACGACCGGACGUACAACACGCUGCUCAUGGGUCUCUGCAAGAACAGGAAGCUGGACAACGCCGUCGAGGUGUACAAGUCCAUUGUAGGGGCUGGGAUGAAGCUCGAGCCACCGGCAUACGCGACGUUCAUCAGGGCUUUGUGUCGGGCGGGGAGGGUUCCGGAUGCAUAUGAGGUGUUUGAUUAUGCGAUUGAGAGCAAGAGCUUUGCGCAGGCGACAGCGUACAGCGAGCUCGAGAGCUCGCUCAAGUGGCUCCGCAAGAUGAAGGAGUAGGGUGAAGAUGCAAGGAAGGCUCAUAAGCCAUUGGCUUAUGUUGCUGCUGGUGCUUGCUUCACACCUGAUUCAGUGAGUUGCAUCGCCUGGCUUGUUUUGAUACAGUUGAUUAAGCAAAAGGAUUUGAAACUA